UAUUUAUUUCUUCUUCCUUCUCUUUCCUAAAGCAAAAAAGCUUAAAAUCCCUUUUUAGACUUUUAUUCUCUCUCUUAUUUCUCCACCACCGGCCGGUCCCGUCGCCGUCGAUAUGCCGCCGGAAAAUCACCUCAUCACCACCUUCCUCCUCCUCAUUCUCCUCCCUCUUCAUUCUCCGGUCAUCGCCUCCAGCACCACCACCACCACCGACACCCCGAAAUUCCGGGAAGCCCCAGCAUUCCGCAACGGCAAAACUUGCCCAAAUUCAAAAUGGCCUAAAAACCCCUACGAUCCAUCGACUAUCCACAUAGCAAUGACCCUCGAUUACUCCUCCCCAUACCUCCGCGGCUCAAUCGCCGGCGUACUUUCCGUUCUUCAACACGCAACUUGCCCUGAAAACACCUUCUUCCACUUCCUCGCCGUUCACCGACACUUCAAUAACCUCAACAAAACCAUUACAUCAACUUUCCCUUACCUCAAUUUCAACCUCUACAACUUUAACCCUAGUUUAGUCCGUCACUUAAUCUCCUCCUCGAUCCGUCGUGCACUUGAUCAACCCUUAAAUUACGCUCGGAUUUACCUCGCUGACUUACUUCCGGUCACCGUAAAUCGGAUUAUUUACCUUGAUUCCGAUCUCAUUGUCGUGGAUGAUGUAGCUAAACUGUGGAACAUUCAACUUAACGAUCGGGUUUUAGGUGCCCCGGAAUAUUGUCAUGCUAAUUUUACUCACUAUUUUACACACAAAUUUUGGUUCCAUCCAAAUUUUCCGAGCAUGUUCGAGAAUCGAACUCCUUGCUAUUUCAAUACUGGAGUAAUGGUGAUUGAUUUGCAGAAAUGGAGAAAUGACGGCUAUACACAAAAACUUGAACAUUGGAUGAGAGUUCAAAAAAGGUACAGAAUCUACGAACUAGGUUCGUUGCCACCGUUCCUUUUGGUAUUCGCCGGAAAUGUAAAGCAAGUGGAGCAUAGAUGGAACCAACAUGGUCUUGGUGGUGAUAAUCUUGAAGGACAAUGUAGGAAUUUACAUCCAGGUCCAGUAAGCUUACUACAUUGGAGUGGAAAAGGGAAGCCAUGGCUAAGAUUGGACUCAAAGAAGCCAUGUCCAUUGGAUAGUUUAUGGGCACCUUACGAUUUGUUCCGUCACGAAUCAUUGUUUUCGGAUAGUUGAACGAUAAGAGAAUUCAAAUCUAAAAUCUUUGAUUAAGCACUUCUUGUUAAAAGUGAUGGAAUCGAGAACUCGAAAUGUUUAGUUAAGGAUAGAUUGACCAUGUUUGAGUGAGCUGGAGACAGUGAGACUGAGUUUGUAAAAAGACGAAUGAGGACAAAAGCGUGUUGGAUAUGGUGACGUAGGAAGAAGGGUAGUUUUGGGAUUUUGUUAAAAAAAAAUUGACCUAUGUUAUUGGUGGGGUUUAAGAGAAUUUUAACCGUUGGAUUGAGGUGAAUGGUGGAUGUACCAAAAGUGUGGGGUCAUGGGGUGACGUGGAGGAUGUUGAUUGGUGGAUGGGAUUUUGGUAAUGGAUUUUUGGAAGAAAGUGAUUGGAUUAUGGGAAGAUUCUUGUGUUGUUUUCAUAGAUUUAUUUUGUUGUUUGGAUGAUUUAUAUGCACUUUUGUGACCUACUUCAAUUAUUUGCCUACUGUUUCCCUUUGGGAUGUCAUUCAUAAAUCAUCAUCAAAAAAAAAAUGUUGUUUGAUAAUCUUUGAUUGAAUUGAUUUUUAUCUCACAUUUAUGCUCAACA